GAAGCAAUAAAAAAAAUGUACGUUGCACCGAAUUACACGCAAAACUCGACAUCUUACCACCGAAAGAAGACAUUUUCUUGUAAAAAAUCACUCCAGUGGCUCUACAGGCCAAUAAUGAAGAUAUGCAGGGAUUUCUGUUUGGAAACCAGCAUGCAUGGCUUCAACCAUAUUGCUGCGCGGAGGAGGCAUUGGCUCGAAAGGGUAUUAUGGGCAGUAGUCACAGCAGCAGCCAUCUGGGGCGCGGUGGACAUCUCGCUGGGGCAGUGGCAACGAUACAACGACAACCCCACCGUGGUCACGCUGGAGAAAGACUUCCGCACCUGGAGGUUCAGCUACCCGGGGAUCACCGCUUGCAACCAGGUCUUCUUCUAUCGUGAGAACAGAGUAAAACCAACCGCAGUGCCAGAAGUGAUCAUGCGCACGUGGAAUGUGACUCCCACGCAUGACAAGUAUGACUACUACAGCCGUUUCGUCACGGCCGUUGCUAACUCCGACCUGUUCAACCUGAAGGCUUUUGAGGAGUUCAAACAUGAUGAGAGUCUAAACGUGGACUUGUUUAGAAUCGCUGUUGAUGUAAUGCCAGACAUGGCUUUUAAAACGACGUGGUCUCAGGAAGUAGAAGCCGAGUGGAUUCCCGUGAUGACCGAAGUAGGCGUCUGUUACUCGACCAACUCUCUAGCUGUUGCUGAUAUGGCUAUUGUGAAACCAAACCCGAACGACACAAAACUGUAUCCGAUCACGUGCAAGUAUUCGUCUAUGAUCUGCUACCUCGUGCUAGAAGUUUCCAGCAAUUGCAGCUUCUACAUACACUCGCCGUACGACGUGAUGGAAGCGAGCAGCCAAGUCUCCAGGGUGAUUCUCACGAUGCAAAGGCUGACGAGUCUCAGCGUGAUGGAGACACGCAGCGGGAAGGGCGUGCGGGAGCUGGCACCGGCGCGACGCGGCUGCAGGUACACUGCCGAGCCCGCUACGGACUAUGCCACGAUAUUCAGUACAAACACAUGUCGACUGACCUGUCGCAGUAAAUUGGCGAUCAAACUAUGUGGGUGCAAGCCUUUCUACUACUUCUAUGAAGCUGGUCCUACUUGUACUCCAGCCGGCAUGGCGUGUCUGGCAUCAUUAACCGCGCGGCUCGCGACCAAUGACGGCGCGCGAUGCGUCUGCCCCCAGCAAUGCGUCGACGCACUGUUCAAGGAGAUCUCCACCGACGACCAGUUCUGGGUUAAAGGUCCGUUUGUGAAUCAUGGGUCAGUCAGGUUUGUGAUGCAGCCUCCUCGCACCAGGUACACCAGGGAGAUCGUCUUCCACUUUCAGGAUCUAGUUGUGUCCUUCGGUGGAGCAGCGGGGUUGUUCCUGGGGGCCAGUUUCAUCAGCUUCGUGGAGAUAUUCUACUUCGUGAUGGAGCGGGCUGUACGUCUCUGUGGCAUUGAAGGAGCGAAGGACGAAGAGAAUAUGCAGAAGGAAACCAGCAACAAACAGGUACCCUUCGAGAUGACGAGGAUGAUGGCAUUGAACACGGUACUCGAAAAAGAGAGGAAAUAUGAAUCACGGAGGAGAGAAAAUAUGUACUAAUUAUUACUCUCUGCCUUUUGAAAAUUACAUUUGUUUAGAGAAUUCUAGAAACAAACUCAUUACUUAUACAGAAACAUGCUACACUUAAACAUAACAUACCUAACAUAAGUUCACAGAGGUACAUAGAAGAAAUAGAAUGAAAAGGCUUUUUUUACAUGACUUGGAGCUCCGUGCGUCGUAAAGUUUGCGAACGAGUAGAGUGCAAAGUUGAAGUAUGAACUAUUUGCUCAUACUUGUAUGGCGCGAGUUUCGUGCUCACUUGGCCCUUCCAACCUCUUUUUUCUAUUCUGAACUAAGUACCCACCCUUAACCGAGCUUUCUGUUACACCAACGUGAUAGGUGGACAGCCGUAUCGCCGUCUAUUAGGCUAAGCGCGUACUACGGGUAUUUUCGCCGCGCGGCAGAAAAAAGCAGCGGCAUAAUGUCGCAGUGUAA